AUGACCCGUUCACGCUCUGGCUCGUUUUAUUGUCCAAUUCCAGAUGAAUCCGUCCUCUCCAUCGCCCAAAAGGCGGCCAUUUCGACCGCGCCCGCUGCCUCGCUGACAGCAACAACGCCCGUCUCGCCCGUCGGAGGAAGGCUACGACGCCAUGCUCGCUCCCAGUCAACGUCUUCAGCAUUCGAAUUGGCUCAUCCAGCCUUGGCUGUUCAGAAGCACCAACACGACACAUCGGCGGCGCGUCAUCAUUCAGUAGGCGCCCUAUGUCACGAUAAAACGACCGUCCUCAGCGCCCCCUCGAUCCCCAUGUGCAAACGAUACCCUUGGUCUCCAAUCAAACCCUCGCCGCUACGACGCGUCGCCAGCACCUCCAAGCCGCUGCCACCUUCGGCACUCUGGACGACGCACACAGAGCUCUUGCCUCUGUAUGAUGAUGUCUCUUCGUCACAGCUCCCUGCCGUCUACAGGACAAACCACGUAGACGUUGCUGCCGUCUCUCGACAGUCGUAUUAUCGCCAUACCCUCCGAGCCGCCUUUCUCGCUGGUCCCAUGGCAGAAAAGGCCCGUAUCUAUGGCCUUCGCGUCGCCUGGUGCGUCUAUGGCGAUGUAAAGGAGCAACUCGCCAAGGAAAUCUUUGUCACGGGCGCUCAAGCUGGCCACUCGCUCUCGAGUCCAUCCCGCAGGAGACAAAGCUCGUCGAGUGAGGAAGAUAUCGAGGUCGUCCAUCCAGAGCCCGAAGAGAUGAUCCGUUCGAGGCCCGUGUCACCUGUUGCCCGAACGGCCUUUGAGUGGCCCGUCCAAGAGCCGCUCAUGAAGGAGGAUGACGCCUUUGAAUCGCCCGACCUCGCGCUUGAAGACGACGAGGAUUCCGACUCGGAGGAUUCUCUGUCCGAGUAUAGCUCGUUUUCAGACACGAGCAGUGACACAGAGAGCAUCGAGGAACUCGAAUUCGACCACGAGUUUGCGCUCGAUUUUGGUAUUCAUGAGGACUGA